AUGGAAGGAUUAGAACUUGAUGCAUUUUUCCGAUAUAAUCGAAUUGCAUUGGAGGUCCAAGGAGCACAACAUCGGUUUCAUAGCACUAGUUGGUAUAAAGAUGUUAAAAAACUUGAGGAUAUUGUUAACCGUGAUCGAAAGAAAAGAACCCUGUGUCAACUUAACGGGAUCUAUCUUCUUGAG